AUGAGUCAAAAGCAAUCGACAGACGUCAUUGCUUCUGGAGCCAACUUAAUUGCGAGAAGCUUAAAAAACCAAGGCGUCAAGGUUGUCUUUGGUAUUGUUGGUAUUCCAGUCGUGGAAGUAGCUGAAGCUUGUGUUUCUUCCGGCAUACAAUUCAUCGGCUUUCGCAACGAACAGUCAGCCGCUUAUGCUGCUUCUGCCUAUGGCUACUUAAGUGGUCGUCCAGGCGUUUGCCUCACUGUAGGGGGCCCAGGAGUUAUUCAUGCUUUAGCAGGCGUUUUUAACUCAAAGUUGAAUUGUUGGCCUUUAAUCCUUCUUUCUGGUUCUAGCGAGACAGAUCAAGUAGAUAAGGGUGCCUUUCAAGAAUUGGACCAAGUAGAGGCGACUCGGCCUUACUGUAAAUACAGCGCUCGGCCUGCUUCUUUAGAACAGCUUCCUCUGGUAAUGGAAAAAGCCUUCCGAACAGCCAUGUAUGGACGACCAGGCGCUUGUUAUGUCGAUUUACCAGCUGAUUUUAUCCAAUAUCCUAUUCGAAAUAAACAACUGUAUCACAGUUUACUGGACGAUGUCAAACAAGUACCAGAUGCACCCCAAUCUUUGGCAAGCCCUUCAAAUAUCGAAAAAGCGGUGAAAUUACUUAAAAGUGCAAAGAAUCCAUUGAUCGUCAUUGGAAAGGGUGCAGCAUAUGCUCGAGCUGAGACAGAAAUACGUAAACUCAUUGAUGAAACCCAAGUACCUUUCCUUCCUACACCCAUGGGGAAGGGGGUAGUUUCCGAUCACCAUCCAUUGUGUGUUGCAGCAGCUCGAUCGAAAGCAUUAAAGGAAGCCGAUAUAGUACUACUUAUCGGUGCUCGUCUAAAUUGGAUAUUACAUUAUGGUCACCCUCCCCGUUGGAACAAGCAUGUUCGCUUCAUUCAAAUUGAUAUUGCAGCUGAGGAAAUUGGCAAUAAUGUACAGGAUACACUUCCUCUCGUUGGCGAUAUCCAGUCGGUUGUAACACAAUUGACAUCCGCAUUAGAACAUCAACCGCUACCUUCCAUCAGCUCAACCUACUUAUCAAGCUUAAAGAACAAAGUAAAGCAAAACGUCGAAAAGCUCAAGCUAAUGGGUGAAAAGGGAACGGAUACUAGCGUCCUUAAUUAUCAAACAGCUUUCACAACGAUCAAGAAUAUCCUUCCGGAGGAUGGCAUUGUUUAUAUUGGAGAGGGCGCUAAUACAAUGGAUAUUGGUCGGUCCUACUUUGAUGUGAGCCAACCUCGCCAUCGUCUGGAUGCAGGCACCGGUGCGACGAUGGGGGUGGGUAUGGGCUAUGCGAUUGGCGCUCAAGCCUACUAUGGCCUUGACAAUAAACGUGUGGUGAGUAUUGUAGGGGAUUCUGCAUUUGGCUUUUCAGCAAUGGAAUUGGAAACAGCUGUACGUUCAAACCUACCCCUUCUUAUUAUUGUGAUCAAUAAUAAUGGUAUUUAUCAUGGUCUGGAGCCCAGUGAAUAUGAGUCAUCUUUAAAGAAGGGUGACUUACCAACAACAGCAUUAACCCCAGAGACACGUUAUGAUAUGAUCUCAGAAGCGUGCGGUGGUAAAGGUUGGUUGGUUAAGAAUAAGGCUGAGCUUUCAAAGGCUUUACGAGAGGCUUUGAUUCAGGAAAAAGAUAAAACGUGUGUUAUUAAUGUUAUGAUUGCUCCAGGUGGAAGGCAAACUCUAAAAUUCAACUGGAUGCAAAAGAGUGAAAAAGCUAAACUGUAG